ACACGUCCCGCCCGGGCCUCCGUACACUUAUCUGGGUCACUGACCUGUGUCAAUUGACCAUUCGCUAGAAGAUUGAAUAUUUAGAAUUCUGAUUAUUAAAAAAUAGAAAUAUGCUGUACUGCAGCGCGAGGACUUCGAUUCUUCUAUGCAUAGCUGCACUGACGACAGCACAUGAAGAUAAUGAAACAUAUAUUUUUCCCGAGGACAUCUGUGUUUAUGAUAACAUACCCACCAGUUUUGGCAUCGACGCUGAUAACUCGCUUAAUUUGGAGUAUAAAGGGCAGCAACUUCCUGACGACUGUUCGUUCCUUACGAUAAAAGGCAAUUAUAAAGACAUACACGACAAACGGGUGCUAUGUGUGGAACCAUUGGUCUUUGUAGACCCCAACUGUGCGGUCUCCAUAACUUUCACUAUGUUGUCUUCACAGCAACUGAUUUACAACUGUAAUUCCACCAAGGAGUUUUGUUCGGGUGAGGACAGAACUUUAACAGUCAGUGUCCGGGCGUCGCCUGGACACGCAGCUUCCUCGUUCCGUUUGAAGGUCUACAACAAACUCAGCCAGAAAUAUUCAAGUCCAUCCGAGAAGAACGUUGUGACGUACAUCCUGAUCAGUAUUGCUGUACUCGCCCUGGUCUGUCUUAUUGGCCUUGGAAUUGGUCGCUAUCGGCGAAACCAACAAUUGAAAAACAGUGAACGGGAUUCAUUAGGUGACAAUAACAGACAAGGUUUCAACGUUAACAGAAAUUCGAGACCGGAUACAACGGAUUUCAUGCACGUUCCUUCGGAGGAACCGCCACAAUAUAACGACAUAGUUAAAAAUAAGUAUAAAGCGUGAUCAGAAUAUUAUAAACUUAUAAAACUUCUUGUCAAAAGAUGAUGCAUGUAAUACAUGUAUGACAUAUCAGCCCGAGUUUCCUCCACAGCUGGAACUUACUGUGAUAUAGACUGUAUGUACCGCAUGGGCGUGCACGCGAGACAUUCAAUAAAAUAUGUUUGUAUUAUUUGAUAAAAUUUUGAUAAUUGCAACUUUUACCUAUGGUGUUUUGACUCCAUUGAUUAAACAAGAGGCCCAGGGGC